GGCCAACAUUUGUUGUGAAAAUGAAGAAGAAUAUAAUUGUUUUGAAAGAGCGGUUUGUUUAUGUUUAUUAGGUCGAGUACUUUGUAGAGUAAUGCAUAAAUAACAUGUAAGUUUGUAAUAUUUUAGUCCACAACCACAUAAUGAUCAAGUUAUUGUGUACUAUUAAUAUUGUGAGUAUAUUCAGUACAGUUAUUUAUAAAGUAUCUGGUGAUACUGAAGAUUUACAUUCACUGAAUGAGAUCAGUCGAGGUUUUGGAAAUCAGUUUGAUUGGCUGUCUCUGAGUGAUGGACUUCAGAUUGCAAAGUCUGACAAUAAACCCUUGAUGCUUUUAAUCCACAAAUCAUGGUGUGGUGCAUGCAAAGCUCUGAAACCACAAUUUGCCUCAUCAAAGCAGUUGGAGAAGCUCAGCAAACACUUUGUCAUGGUGAAUGUGGUGGAUGACGAGGAACCCAAGGACGAGAUAUACUCUCCCGAUGGUGGCUACAUUCCCAGGAUAUUGUUUAUGGAUCCUGCUGGCAAAGUGUUAGAUAAGUUUUAUAAUGAAGACGGAAAUCCGUCGUACAAAUAUUUUUAUUCUGACCCAAGCAGUAUAGCAGCAAGUAUGAAGAAAGUGCUUAAAUCAUUUUCCAAGAAGGAGCAAUUAUCAGAUGAACUCUGAACACGAGGUUGGCAGUACGACAAAGUGCAGUCUAGGUAUUCUUCUACUUCCAUUCAGUUUAAACUUACAUAUAUGUAUCAGCUUAUUGAAAAUCCACAAAACAAAAUAUCACACUAAGUCAAGGUUGCUGUCUUCAGUGAAGUUUAAUUAAAUGUACUAAUAGUUCCUGUUAUUAAAUUUUUUUUAAAACAUAAUAUAAAGUAAAAUUAGUUUUACAUGCCAUUUAAAUGUUAAUGCUGCCAUAAAAUUGUGAUAAUAUUGUUGAUGAUGAUAUUGAUUUAUGCUUAUAAUAUUAGCCACUAUCACAGUCAAACUGGCCACAAAUGCUCGGUUAUCAUUUCUAGGCACUUUUUACUGUAUCCUGUUAAGUUCAUAAAAUAAAAGUAGCCUAACCUACUUGAGAAAAUUGUACAAAAUUUUAAUUAUUUUUAGAAAUAGUGUUUUUAAAAAAGUGCAAUUUUUACAUUUUGUGAGUCAUAACCAUCAUAAUUAUGUACCUAUAUUUGUAUUACUUGGCAAGUGGGCUUCCAUAUAGUAAAUAUAACAGCAAGAAGAUUUUAUACCCUGUCUUCUGUGAAGGCUAUAGUACGUGCACUUCUGUCUAUUAAACAAUACAAUUGACAUAAUUGUUAAAAAAAAAAAUUCCUGAAUAAAGGUUUUAAUAGAGAAUUGUAA